AUGGCCGACGACCUCUCCGACUUUUCCAACGAUCUGGCCACGGAUAUCGGCCCUCUAAUCGUCCUAUUCGGCGAAUCUAUGACCAAACAGUACCUCAGUGAGAGCACCUCCUUUCUCGACUACUUCAUCUUCGCCAUGGCCCCAAUCGGCAUCAUCACCGCCAUCGUCUCCACCAUUCGUGUCUGCGGACAUCCAUCUCUCCGCGCCUUCAUCGGCCGGUCUCAGGAAGGUGAUGGCGCGGUCGAGGCCGAACUGUGCACGUCUACUAGUCGUGAUGUGUGCGAGCUGUUCAACAGGGGCGGCAUCACUCGUGUCCUAGGCAAGCCUAAUAUCCUCGAACUCAUCUACCUGCCCCGCAGCCGAUCACUCGACUUACUCCAGAAUUAUCUGAGAAAGCCAGAAAACACCGAGGACAAGGACUCAGCAUGGUGGCAGAGAGAUGAUAGUUCUUUAUUUGGUAAAGCCAAAGACCCAGCCGAGGGAGGCCUCUCGUUCGCUCCGAACCCAAACCUUUCACUCAAUGUUGGUAUCAUAAAGCGAUCCAAUUGGGUUUUGUACACAAUUGCGGCCGUUGGAUUCGUCCUUCAAGCUGGUGUCCUCGCGCUGGCUGGGACUGGCGUUUGGAUUCUCGGCUGGAACCUCAGCGGGGCAGAAUCGUCGGCAUCUAGAGACUACGCUCCCGUCAUGUUCAUCACGGGGACAGUCCUCAUGUGCGCCGGAAUGUGGAGUUGUGCGGCUCUUAUAGGACAGACCACGCACGAACUACACUUCAGGCGUACCAAACGUCAAGGUUUAGAACGACCGCGUCUCCUCUGGCUCCAGCCCGGGCCCCAAGUCAUCGGCGACCAGAGUUUUGAUCCGUUUGCCUAUUUCGAAGACACAGAUACCACCCCUCUCCAAGUUUGGACAUCGUCGAGGAAGGACUUUGACGAGAAAUUCGAGACCUACACCCUCUUCGCCGUCCUGGCCGUGCUGAUUGGGUACAUCAUGCAGUUUAUCGGCCUCCGCGGGAUGAUGGCCUGGGUUUCUCUCGCCCAGCUAGGUAUCACCAUUGUCAUGAGCAUCCUGCGUGGAUGUCUUCGCAUGCAACGCCUCGGCAGGAAUGACAACAUGUUGCUCGCCACGCCUGAUAUGGUUGCAGGGCACGAGCUUGACUGGCUCUCCUUCGCGAUCGUCGAGGCGGAGAACAGGGCGGGAGGAUGGGGGAAAGGGGAAAAGACGGAAAGAAAACGGAGGGAAAGGGGGGGAGAGGAGAAAGACGAAGGGGAUGUACCGUCAUGGCACGUUACGGGCCAGUUCGAGGAUGCCACACACCCCGAGACGGAGGAAAACACUCAACUAACUACAAAGCCCCAGUAUCAAUCGGAAAAGGGGCUAGGUUGCACGGAGUUGCUCCUGAUCCGAAAGCAACUCGCUCACCUGACGGGGAAUGUCGCCUUUGGCACGGCAUCGGGCCACCAGGAGUGGGAGGGUACGCGCGUCAAGGUCCGCGCAAAGGCUGUGGAGCUGGGCAAUGCCAUCAGCCAAGCAGCGGAGCGUCUCUGGAAGAGGCGCCUAUGGAAACACCGAUCCGAGGACAUCCCCCAUACUAGUCAACGCGAGCAGGACACUGUGCUUCGGAUUCGAGCAGUCGCCUCGCCUCCUGGUAAACAAGCGAAUUCUCAUAAGCAACUAAUCGACGUUACUCUGAAGCCACCCAAUGCAUCAGAACCAGACUGGAAGAUGGACUCGGCGCAGCUGGAGGCAAUUCUAGGUCUCUGGAUGUGGACUUUGCUUUCUGAUAAGCGCGUUGUGAGCGAAGACGACUCUCACCAGAAAACCUCUCGCGCUGAGAAGGUCCAAUGUAUGCGGACUUUCUCGGCCGGCUUGGACAGGGAAAAUCGGGGCCGCGGAGCUAACAAGCAGGGCGAAAUGGACCUUUGGCUCGGGCCGAACGCAGUGCCGCUUCUCGAAAAUAGCCUCACCCUCACCGAGCAGAGCUGCAACGGUAUCGAUUCGGCAAGCACGUCGACUCAGCAAGGGAAACAGAUCAAGCUUCGGGUCCAGAUUACCCCAGUUGGGGGUUCACUGCUGGACAUCUGUGCCCAGGAACUCUUCACCUCCCUAGCGAUGUCGUUGAUGAGUAUUCUGACCGUUGAAAGGACGACCAUGGCUGAGAAUGCCGGGUGGAUGCGGCUAGGAAACCCUACCGUUGCCACGUUCGCGAGGGCAUUUAUGGACCACGAUUUGGGAUCCUACUCCGAAGCCUUGCUGUGUCUGGUACCGGCAUUUCGAACCAAGUUUCCUCCUCCCUCCUCCGAAGACAUGCUUCCCGCAUUGCUUCAGACCGCAGAUACCUACCGAAAGGCGUCAGAAUGGGACAGGGCACAAACCACUUUGCGCUGGGCAUGUGCGCGGCAUGCUCCGAAUCGCGGCGAGGAGGAGGAGAACCCGGCUACAGCACCAGGCAGCCCAGAGUCCCCUUUCACAAGAGCUCUCCGCGCGACGGGCGAACUCUAUCGCUGGUCACUUGCACAGCAUUCCAGCGUCGAAAGGAAACUCUUUGGGAAACGUGGGAUCGAGUGGAUGGCCAAAACCUAUCGUCUCGCAGGUCCGAGUAAUCCAAGAGUCACUGAGAUUCUAGAUUGCUACGAGACCGUCGCGCAAAGGAUAACUACAGGACUACCCGACUCUCUCGCUCGCCUUCUUGUGGCAGCAAUGCGGAAAAAGAAAAGGACGGAUACGCUGCACUACCUGUGUUUUGUCAAGACAGGUGACUUUGCCUCCGAGGCCUUGCAACCGGUGCUUCCACUGGCCGUCGAGAAUGAUUGGAGCGAAGUCGUGAACGCCGUUCUGGAGAUGAAAGCAGACCCGAACAGCCAAGACGAGUAUGGCCAGAGUGCCCUUUUCCUCUGCGCAGUAGCCGGCCGUGAGUCGGAUGCGAAGUUUCUCCUAGAUCUUGGGGCGUUCGCGAACCGACCGGACGGCCGCGAUGAAACGCCGCUACUCGCGGCUUCCCGGCUCGGGCACUUGAAGGUUGUUGAACUUCUUUCAAACUCGGGAAGUGUGGAUAUCGACUCGGUGGAUCGCCAGGGUCAUACAGCGCUAUCGCGGGCUGCUGAGGGCGGGCAUGACGCCGUGGUCAGGGCCCUGCUUGAGAAGGGUGCGAAACCUACGUCACGGGAUAGUCAUGGUCGGUCGCCGCUAUCGUACGCUGCUGAGAGCGGGAAUGAAUCUGCAGUCAAGCUACUACUGCUCAAGGACCGUGCUAUGCUCGAGUCAGCGGAUAAAUAUGGUCGGACACCGCUAUCGAUCGUCGUGGUCGGACACCGUCAUCGUACGCUGCUGAGGGCGGGUAUGAGGCUGUGGUCAGACUACUAG